AUGAAGGAAUUCUGGCGAAGAAAGCAAGCAACGACGAAUGUAAGAGACGAUACGACUUUCUUUGUCUCUGAUGUUCCAGAUAAUGCAAAUAAAGUAGAUCUAUGGAGGCGAUUCACAAAAUAUAGGGAGAUAUCAGAUGUGUAUUUGGGAACAAAGAAGAGAUGGAAUGGGCAGAACUUUGCAUUCGUCCGAUUCAGGGGAGUUUGCGACAUCCCUGGACUAGAGAUGAAACUCAACGGUAUUACAUACAACGGGAAGAGGUUGAUGAUGAAUGUAUCCAGGCAACUCAGGAAGUUGGCCCCACAGAAGACAAAUAAGAAAUGGAAUAAACAGCCAAAGAGGGCUGAACCUAAACUCGGAUUGAGAGAUCAUCGUUCUUAUGCAGAUGAUCAUGUGAAUUACUCUUGGCUUAGGAAAACUACACUCAUUGCUAAAGCCAUCUCCCUUUCACACCUGGGUCAUCUCCCCAAACUCCUUCAGGCCAAAGAAGAACAGGCCCUUGAAAUCAAAUACAUUGGAGGGCUGAAGGUUUUAUUAUGUUUUGAUAACUCAAUUGAGGCAAGGAGUUUUCUUGAAAAUAAACAAAGAUGGGCAAACAACUUAAAAUGGGUUAAACCUGGAGAGAGCAUAGAGCAAAAUUUUGAACGGGUGGCAUGGGUGAGAAUAGUGGGGCUUCCGUUGAUACUUUGGGGAUAUACAAAUUUUGAAGCAAUUUGUCAGAAGUUUGGGAAGAUAAUUGCUCCCUUCGACGAUGUGUAUCACAGGGUAGACCUGUCCUGCGUGAAAAUCGGUAUCAUUACAACAAGGAGAACCAGGAUAAAUGAAGAAGCCGUGGUAGCCACUGAUGAUCAUAUAAUCAAAGUUGGAGUUGUUGAAUUUGAUGAGGAUUGGUUCCCAUUCCAAUUCGACCCAUCAUAA